AUGUUAUUAGGACUUCUGACCACCUUUUGUCUCUUUUUCCCAUUCUAUUUUAUCUAUAAACCUCCCAACUUCCUCAUCACUUUCUCCCAGCGACGUUGGCCAGACGUUCUGUUCCGCCAUCCUAUCGCCCGAAAGGUCGUCGCUCUGACUAUAGACGACGUCCCUUCAAUUCAUACCAAAGCCAUACUUGACCUCCUGAAAACCCACGAUGCAACAGCCACAUUUUUUGUUAUUGGUUCCCAGGUUUUAGAUCAUGAAGAAGUGCUAGUCGAGUUAGUGCGUUCUCAGAACGAACUAGCUAAUCAUGCACUCAACGAUGAACCUUCACGAACGUUGUCCGAUGCAGCGCUCGAAGAGCAAAUUUUGGCAGUUCAGUCUAUGAUCAAGCAAGCUUAUAACGCAGCUAGGAUCGAUGAGGGGCCCAGUAACUGGUUCUUUCGACCUGGGUCGGGAUUUUUCAGUACUCGCAUGCGAAGCCUGGUUAAGAGAUUGGGAUACCGAAUAGUCCUAGGCGAUGUCUAUCCACAUGAUCCCCAAGUGCCCUUUUCAAGGCUAAAUGUGAGACAUAUCCUGAGUAUGGUUCGUCCAGGCAGUAUCAUAAUAUGCCACGAUCGCAGAGAGUGGACAGUGCCGAUGCUGCGGGUUGUGUUGCCUGAGAUGAAGCGCAGAGGAUAUAAAGUCGUUACUGUUUCAGAGUUAUUGAAAGAGCAGGAAGUUUAG